AUAGAUUAAAUGUACUUUGUAUACAUUAAAUGAAUUGUGUGAACAACAAAUUUAGGAAGCGAUGCAAUACGAGCACUACUUGCAAGUGAAACCGCAACACAAUCUUCUUACGACAUUAACGAUAGCGUAACGAUUAUGAACUCCCCUUCUUCGACGUCUUCAUCAUCGAGCAUGGAAUGCACUGUACAUGACACGAUAAGACUCUGUCUUCACGGCGAAGUCGAAGAAGCAUAUUUGAAGUUCGAACCAGAUAUAGUUUAUUUUGGGGAUCUUAAAGUCGGUGAAAUUUCUCAGCGUGUUGUGCGGAUAUUGAAUCCUUUGAAAUUUGCGCCGGUCAUAUAUCGUUUUGUACGUAAUACAGCAGUGCAUUGCCAUCCGGAAUCGAUGGAACUGAAACCGGAAGGGUGCAUAGAAGUACUUCUGAAAAUCAAAGGAAAAGAGAAUGUUUCCUCCCCCUUCAAAAUUUACUUUGAUGCCGUAGCAGAUUCAUAUGAGUCAACGACAACCAGGGAUAAGAUAAAGUUGAAAGUAGGAAGUUACUCUGUAGAAUGUAUAGUGAGCAUGAUACUUUUACCAAAAAACUUAGCAGAACGCCAUGAUCAUUCAAGGGGUAUUAGAAAACCAUCACUGUCACAGUUUCUGGAUAGAAGAGUAGAACCAGUCAAAAAAGACCCAGACAGUGGAAUAAUAGACAGAGUUAUUGGUUCCCCUAAGUGGAAGUUUAAAGACAUGUCAAAAAUAGUAGAAUGUAAUCCUGCUUUGCAAAGAGAAUUAUUAUCAUCAAGAAUCAAUACUGAAGUAUUAAUACCUUUGUCUCCUUUGCAAAUAUACAAUGUGCAUAUAUAUCCUUCAAUGUUCACUUUUGGAAUGGUUGUACUAAAAAGUCACAAUUACCGACAGCUAAUUGUUGAGAAUAAGAAUAAUUUUCCAGUCAUGAUUCGCCUAACGAGCUUGUCGGUCAGAUGUAUCCAAUUCCCAGAGGGAAAUUUAAUUACUUUACCAGCUGGUGCACUCGUUACUCGGCUAGUCGAAUUUCGAGCACAUCAUCUUGGUAAAUUUAAUGGUUACAUUGAUUACAUUAUUAAUGAUAAUCACUCGUUCGAGCUAGGAGUUACUGCUGACGUUGUUCACAAACAUUUGUCACUCAACACACGUGAAGCAGUGCUUGGUACAGAAUGGUUUGGAGAAGAAGUUUAUAAACCAUUAGACAUUGCACUUCGCAUUAGAAAUAAGUUGGAUGCAAAAACUCAUUUCAAGUGGGAAGUACCAGCAACGUGUAACUUUUUCAUAGAACCAUAUUUAGGUGUCAUUCGUGAAAACACUUCAUUACUCUGCUACGCGUAUUACAAGCCUCAUGCUGUAAGAUCUCAUAACACAGAGUUGACAUUAAAGUGCGAAGGUGGUACCUAUCUUGGGGUACGACUCAGUGUUCCAACUCGGACACCAAGAGUGAGCUUCAUUGAAGACACUAUAAAUGUCGGCGAAAUACCACUUAACCUCCCAGUGGAAGUAGUCGCAUUCUUGAGGAACUUUGACUUUAUCGAAGCUGUGUACGAGGUUGAUACUUCAUCUUUGAUGUACGGAUGCAAUGUUCUUUCUCAUCAUGGCGUAAUAUUACCACGUGGGAUGGUUGCUCUUGAACUGAAUCUCACGUUGAGCCUGUGCUUUAAUUUCUCUACGGUAAUCCAUGUCAUAGUGCAAGGAUGUUUACAUCUGGAAUUAAAAAUUGAAGGAAGUGUAUGCUAUCCCCAGUUAAAGUUACAUCCACAUUCAAUCAGUUUGAGAAGAAUAAGUGCAGCUGCUUAUCAGCAUUAUUUAAUAACUGCCAUAAAUGCUGGAACUACUUUGCUGAAAUUGAACUUUUUGUUACAAAAUUAUCCAGAGUUUCGAAUUUCUCUUUCACCGGAUAGAAGAGACUCUGGUUUAGGACAUGAACAUGUUUUCAUCCAGCCAGGGUCCAGCACGACUCUCCACCUUCAUUUCGAUCCGAUCGAUUUCGCUAGUUAUGCUUUCUAUCUUCCAAUAGUCGUCAACGACAUACUUGGCCCAGCAGUGGAAAUGGAACCAAGGUCACUUAGAGUUGUGGAGUAUUUAAAACCAUUUUUAAAGCACUACGAGAAUAUAUCUAAAGAAAACCUGCACAAUAUACCUUCCAAACUUGUAUCGAUAUCCAUUGAUUGCACGGUUGCAGGAUACGUUGUCCAUUUUAGCAAGUUACAGUUUCACUUCAGUGUCGCGAACAACCAGGUUGAAGAAUUCUGUAUAGAGAAUGGUAAGCCAGCAGAAAUAAGAUCGGUUCGAAUAGACACCAGCGACUUCCUGCUACCCGAUUGUCCAUUUUCUAUCAGAUGGUCUCAUGGCAAAGAAGCAACUGUAACAUUGAAUUCUAUUGAAUGUACGCUAAAGCAAGGAGAGAAGUGCGUUUUUCUACUAGCAUUUCAUUCAAAAUCACAAGGGAACUUUAGUGUGGAAGCACCGAUCUUUGUAAGUGGGGAACUGGAUGGGCAAAUGUUUAACAAAUUAUCUCUGAGCGGUGAAUGUCCUGUGAGAUCUAUCAGUGCUGAGCCUGCAGACAUUUAUUUCACUCCCGUACCACUUGAUACAAUGUCUGAAAAAUCAUUUCGAUUGAUCACAAGGAAUUUUGACAAAGUUUCAAGAAUUUUGGCAAGGGUAUUACUGCCUGAUUAUACUAGUGGCAUAUAUAAGGAAGAUACCUUGACCGUUUGUUUUAUAAAUGAUAACAUUGUGCCAGCUUCUGAGUACUCAGAACUGGAACUGAAAGUAAUGUUCAAAAGUGUUGUGCCUGUAUCUUUCCGUUUGACUGUUGAGUUCUUCGAUGAAAGUAGAUUAGCUUCUUGUCUUGUGAGGAUGUAUGCUAUUGCGGAUAAUUGUUCAUUAACAACGCAUGCACAUAUCAGAAAACCUUGGAGUGAGUUUGAAUGGUAUGUGGACCAGGAUAAACGAGUAUCCCAUAUUUCCAAAUUAUCUGAUAGCAUUACGGAUGAAGAAGAUGAUGAGGAUGAUCAACAGAGCUCAUAUACUGGUAGACAGAGACAGUUGUCAGGACCAAGAAUUAGUAUUCUAUCUUAUAUUGAAGCACACAGUGAAGGAUCGCUUAAGAAACUGUUGGAAUCUAGAUUCAAGUUACCGGUUUUAGAAAAAUCGACGUUUAUGAAAGAAAUGAAUAGUGAUGACCAUAAAUCUGAUGAGGAGAUAGAGAAAUCUCAUUCAGAGAAACGUCUAUCAGGUCUUUCCUCAAAAGUUUCAUCGUCUCAUGGUAAAAAGUGCUCUGUACAACUGGAGUAUCCAUUUUUUCCUUCUGACGACGAGGGAGACAAUUUCGAGAGACAUAUGAACGACGCGUUAAAGGCUGCUGAAGAAUGGUUGUACACCACCCCUUUCAGAUUCAGUUUUUAUCCUGAUAUCCCAAAGGGCAUGACAGUAUCAAUGUCAAAAUCUUAUACAAAAAAACAACCGCAGGCCAGGAGCAGUAGAAGUCAGAAGGGUCCUAUUUAUGAAUGGUUUUUCUUGGAUGUACUUGAAUUAUUUGUAGGUCCAACACUGUAUGAUUAUAUUGAAAUGCCUAAAACUCCACCAGAUGAUAAUAUUGAAAGAGCGUACUAUUACUUCAAUCUUUUUGAUGCUAUCCUAAAUUAUUUAUUAACAUGUGGAGCACACGUGUGUCAUGUCUCAGCUCAGUUCUUAUUGAGUUAUGAGAGCUAUGUAAUUAUUACAGAGAAUGUAAGGACUAAUAAUAAAAUGCAAAAAGCAUCAGUAACGAAAUGGACAUCAACAGAGAAGUUAUCACCACGGUUAUUCGAAUCACGAAGCAAACAGUGCUGGCUAGAUGUAAUAUUACAGACAUACAAAUGUUUUGUUCUUCUACCUAUUUCUGAUAUAAAAGUGAAAAAAGAACCGUCAGUUUUUGGUUCAACUUCGGUUCCCACUUCUAGACGAUCUACUGUUCAUCGAGCAUCUGUUAUUUCACCUUCAAUAUUCAGUCUACCAAGGCAAUGUGAAAUACAUGAGAGAAAUAUUCGGAACAUGAUCCAAUCAUGUGGUGAUCGUAGAAUACGUAAUAAUAAUUAUACUCAGCAAGAGUUAUUUUUAAUGGCAUGGUUGGAAUAUCAUUACGAACAAGAACGUACAAAAGAAUGGAUGAUUGAUCGUCGAUUCAUAUUGAAUCCUCAUCAGAGUAAAGAUGUAGCGAAUGCACGUCUCGUUGAAAAUUUUGAUAAAGAUUUAGCUGAUUCCUUAGUAUUAAUUACGGUCACUGCUGCUUACUGUCCCUUUCUUGUUGAAGAAUGUUUUAAUAGCAUAUAUAUUAGUCCACGAAAUUUGGAAGAAGUAAUACACAAUGCAAUAUGCAUUGUAAACACUUGGAGGAAGAUACGACUUGGUUUUAUAAUUUCACCAUUGGAAAUUGCAUACCCAAAUUGUGUAAAACUGUUAAUGUUGGUUACAUAUUUAUACAAAACAUUACCAACUUACAUUCCAAAAGCUAAAAUUAGGUUUAGUUGUCCUCUGUCUGAGAUUGCAACAAGGCAAAUAAAUUUUACAAAUUCAACUCCUCACAAUGUUGGUUUCUUGGUAGUUUUAUUUGGAAAUAGUAAUAAAUUCUUUAUGACUGCAACCUCAUCACCGGUUAUACGCUUAAAUGCUCAUGAGACCACUGUGAUAAAGCUGCAGUUUCAUGCUAAGAAAAUAAAAAAGACCAAAGCUUACUUGCUGUUCUGUGGAGCCGCAAUUGGCCCUCACUUUGGUAGAAAUCAGACAUUCAUUCUUGAGGGUCAAGCUGACACUUUGGAAAUAGCAAAUGAGUACACAAUAAGCAGCAAAUUAUAUGAGGUUCUUGACGAAAAUUUAAAUAUUGAUGUACCUUAUGAAAAUCCAACUGAAUAUGAGAUAUGGAUGUCUGAAGAACGUCCGAGUAAACCAAGUACAUUGAAUUUAACACGAUGGUCUGAGCUACGCUUGAGGAAGAUACCUCGAAGACUAUUUUUAAAUCAAACAUCAAUUACAGUAAAAGAAGAUAGUACGCAAGCUAUUUUAUCGAUCACAGUGGCAUGUAUUAUGCCAGUUAACAGAAAUUUCUGGAUUGUUUUUCAAUCAAAACAUGGUGAUUUUAUUAUUCAGAUCAAUUCACGCUGGCAGUCAUCAAUAAUCGAUAAUAUUGUAGUAACAUUGAAGGUAGAAGAAGACCAAUGUAUUUGCACGGAUAUGGAUAGUGAAUAUAGUGAACAGUGUCCUUUGCAUGUGGUAGUGCCUAUACCUUCUAAAAACAAGCAACUUUGGGGCUGCGUUGCUCACAUGUUCCAAAAAACUCUUGAUCAGCAGGAACGCAUAUUUUGGUCACGAUACUUAGAUACUUAUAUUGGUCUACAUUUGAUUCGUUGGUUAAUGGGAGGAUACGCUGGGGAUUCUGUUGCAUUGGAAUUUUCUCAUAUAUUUGAUAGAAAAGUUACUUACAAUGUAACAACAUCCAAGACAUCUGGUAUACUUGAUAUUCCUAAAACACUUACUAUAAGUGAUGUAAUGAAUACUACAGAAAAUAUUCCAAUCGAUGUUCAUAUUGUUCCUUUCACUGGUCCAUUGUAUGAAACAACAUUAACGUUAACAUCAGUUAAUGGUAAAGAAUUAAGGAAAUAUACAAUCAGUUUCUUGUGUACUUAAAAGUAAGGAAUGCAUCAGCCGAGUUGACUUAUAUUUAUAUUAACAAAACUUUGUUACAAAUACUUUUUAUACAACUAAUAAUUUUAACAUUUGGUUUUUUAA